UGAAUGGGGUGAGCCUGGGAGGUUCAGCCAACUGGCCCGCUGGGGAGGAAGGAGUUAAUUGGUGCUACUCUCACCUGAGCUGGGCGUCAGAUUACCUGCGACCAGGUUCUGCUUAUUAGGAGGUGGAGCUGAGCCUGCCCCUGGGCCUCUGGCUGCCUCAGGCCUGGGCUCCCAGCUAUGGCCCUGCCACCACCUCUGGGCCUUAGACUCCCCUCAGAGCCCCUCAGCCACCCCCCUGAAGCCCCUAGGGAACUGGGCAUUGCUGGAUGUACCAUCUGCCCUGCAUCUGGAGGGGAGAGAAUCAGACUAGACCAGGCCCAGAAACUGGGACAAGACUCCAUGGACCCUCCCCAACACUUCCAGGGUGGGUUGAGGGGCACUGCACCUGCUGCUGGUCCCCUCAGAUUGCCAACACCCUCUACCAAUGAGGACCCAGAUGUGGGCAAACACUGUGAGCACCUCAGCUCCGGCCGGGAGGUAUUGGAGGCUGAGCAGGACAGCCUGUCCCUAUGCCUGUUGGGGCUGGGCCUCCAGCUGCAGGACCUAGAGCAAGGCCUGGGGCCCUGGGCAUCAGCCCAGAGCAGGAUGGGCCAGCUGCAGGCCCUCCAGGCAGACCUGCGUGCGGCAGCUGAGCGUGUAGAUGCCCUGCUGGUAUUUGGUGAGGGGCUGGCACAGCGGAGUGAGCCUCAGGCCCGGGCAUCCCUGGAGCAGAUCCUGAGGGCCCUCAGAGCCCACCGAAGCAGCAUCUUUCGGCGACUGUGGUGGCUGCAAGCCCAGCUGGUCAGCUAUAGCAUGGUAUGGCCCACCCUGGCAGUCCCUGCCCCAGGUACCAAUUCCACACCGCCCAUGACUCUGUCCUCUGACCAGGUAUUUGAGGAGGCCAACCCACUGGAUCAGGACUUGGAAGUUGAGGGGGACUUGGACGGGCCAGGACCUGGUGGGGUCUGGGGGCCCUGGGCACCCAGUAGCCACCCCACUCCCGCAGAGUUGGAGUGGGACCCAGCAGGGGAUGUUGGAGGCCUCAGGCCCUUGGUGCAAAAGACAACCUGGACUCCAGGAGCUCCCUGUGAGCUGUGUGGCCACAGAGGCCCCCAGGGAAGGGGACAAUACCUUGAGGACAUGCUCAUGUCGGGCUUCAGCCACCGGAAACACUUGGCAGGUCACCGAAGACGCUCCCUGCUCCGGCAGUCUCAGGACAAGAACCAAGCAUCUUCCAAUUUCCAGGAUGUGAUGUUGGAGGUAGACCCUGGAGCCCCUGCUCCUGCAUCCGGGCACUCCCUGACCUUCCUCCUUCUCCUCUUCCUCCUCUUCCUUCUCCUGGUGGGUGCCACGUUGCUCCUGCCACCGUCAGGGGGGUCUUGCUGCUCUCCUGCCCGACUGUCCGCGACACCUUACCUGGUGCUCAGCUAUGUCAAUGGUCCGCCCCCAAUCUGAGUACAUAGCCCAGUCAUAUGUAAUAAAUCGUCACUGUC